AUGACUAUCUUACCCAAACCGGCCGCUGAGAUUACAGCUGAAAUUGGAGGCCAAGAUAAUGUAGAUACCCUACAUCGUACCUCUCGGGAUUUCAGAAGUGAUACCUUGACUGUACCUACCGAUGCGCAACUUCUUUACGCAUUGAAGGCUUCAAGAGGAGAUGAUGUAUACGGAGAAGAUCCAACUACUACUGCUUUGGAAAAGAGAGUAGCUAAAUUGACUGGAAAAGAAGCUGCCAUGUUUGCUGUCAGUGGGACCAUGACUAAUCAACUCGCUAUUAGAACCCAUAUGAAACAACCUCCUCAUAGUAUCAUAACUGAUUAUCGAGCGCAUGUACACAAGAUGGAAGCCGGUGGUAUAGCGAUGUUCUCUCAAGCUACAACCCAUCAGCUAUUCCCUUCCAACGGUCUACAUCUGACAGCAGAAGACAUCGAACCUCAACUUCAAUUGGGAACGAACAUUCAUAUAUCACCUACCAAAUUGAUUUGUCUGGAAAACACUCUGAGUGGAAUGAUCCUCCCUCAAGAAGAAGUAGUCAAAAUCGGAGAAUUGGCAAAGAAACAUGAUAUAGGAAUGCAUUUGGACGGUGCUAGAAUUUGGAACGUAGCUGCUUCCGAAAUCGAGAAAAGAGGCUUGGACGCUACUAAGGAACAGGAUAGACAGACUGUAUUGACAGAAUUACUCGCACCAUUCGAUACAGCCUCUUUGUGUCUAUCGAAAGGUCUCGGGGCGCCCAUCGGAUCAAUCAUAGUUGGGACUAGAGAAUUCAUAGAGAGAGCAAAAUGGUUUAGGAAGGCUUUCGGGGGUGGUAUUAGACAAUGUGGUGGUAUAGCAGCUUCAGCAGAUUACGCUUUAACACAUCAUUUCCCUAGAUUAGCUACCACGCAUGCUUUAGCAAAGAGAUUAGAAGAGGGUUUGAAGGAAUUAGGUGUUGGAAUUGCCGCUCCUGUUGAUACCAAUAUGGUCUUCUUCCAACCACAAGAAAUCGGAUUAUCAUUGGACGCAACAAUGGCUCGUUUAGCAGCCUUGCCAGACCCCAUCAUUGUAGGAAGAGAAAGAUGUGUCGUACAUCAUCAAAUUACUCCCGAGGCAGUCGAAGAGUUUAUCGCAUGCGUGGCAGAAAUGAAAAAGGAGAAACAAGCAAACGGUGAUAUACAAACAAAUGGAGUUGGAAAAGAGGAAAAAGCAAAGCUCGACCAUUAUAACAAACCAAAUGGAAAGACAACAGAUGCUGUGUUAAGGAAACAGGCUGCUUUAGGCUAUUAA